AUGAACCCCCCAGACUCGAGGCUCGACCGCAUUCUCCUGCAGACACUCUGCCACUUUCCCCGCAAAUUCGAGUGUCGGUAUUCAGACGAAGCCCGCGAUGACCUCCUCCAGACUCUGUUCCGCGCCCUUACCAACGAUAGAGCAGACUAUCUAGAGCAGCUCUUUCCGCGCGGGUUUCCGGCGUCAUACCGGCUACAAGAUGCUCAAGGAGCUGAGGCCGAACCAGAAUACUCAGCCGCCGCACGGGGUUCCCUCUGCGGACACAUUUUCAAGCCCAACGAGGUCUACUACCACUGUGCUACGUGUACGAACGAUCCUACCGCUGUUCUAUGUGCAAGGUGCUUUGCUUCGAGCGAACAUGAGGGCCAUCAGCUCAUCAUAAAUAUCAGCAGCGGAAACAGUGGCUGUUGUGAUUGCGGGGAUGUUGAGGCGUGGAAUCGGCCAGUCCAUUGCGCGAUUCACACUGCCAGUGAUGACAACGAGCAGGCGGACGAGCACAUGUCGACACUGCCAGACGACUUGCAGCAGUCUAUUCGGACCACCAUCGGACGUGUGCUCGACUAUUUCUGCGAUGUCAUCUCCUGCUCACCCGAGCAUCUGCGCCUGCCCAAAUCUAUAGACUCCAUCAAAGAAGACGAAGUGCGGAGCAGGCUCGAUUCCAAGCAUUACUCCGGCGUAGACGACGAGGAGGACGAGCCGGAAUUCUGCCUAAUCAUCUGGAAUGACGAAAAGCACACCAUCAAAGAAGUCCAAGACCAAGUGGCUCGAGCCUGUAAGGAAAAGACCAAGUUCGGCCUCGCUCGUGCCAUGGAAACCAACGACGUUGGUCGGAGCGUUGUGCGUCAUUCUCGGGAUCUACAGAUGCUCACCAAAAUGGCAAAGGUCAUUGAGCAGAUCAAGGUUACGGUCACAAUUCGAUCAUCCAGAGACACCUUCCGCGAGCAGAUGUGCGGUACGAUCAUCGAGUGGUUGAGCGAUAUUGCUGGUGCAUCAAUUGGAGAUGAUGCUCGAAUUCUUCGUCGUAUUGUUUGCGAAGAGCUGCUCCAAGUAUGGCGUGUGGGCAGCCGAGCGUGGAACGCAAAGACUGGUGAAGACAGCUUAGACUCCCACGGCAUUCAAAGUGCACGAGAUGACUUCCUCUCGGAAAAGCGUUUGUGGACCCGGUACUCGAGCGAUCCGAUCCAGCUCAUCUUGCAGCCAACAUUAGUACAGGAUGACACAGACGAUACAAUGGAAGAAGAUGCGGACGAGACUGGCGAGGGCGACGCCGACCUCCGUGAUGAGGAUGUCAUCGACGCUAGUGCUCUCAACACAAUCCUCAACACGACAACGUUCCAAGCUCUAGCACAGCCGCUUGUCGAUCAUCUUGUGGAUGCAGAAGCGACAGACGACGCCGACGAAAUGGACACUGAUGGCGACGGAGAAUUUGUAGACCUCCAGCGGAUAGAGAUCGAGCAGGCUUCGCCGCCAACCAACACCGGAACAGCCAUGGACAACACAGCAACCCCAGUCCCCGGCGGGAGAACCACUUCACGAUCACGUCCGAGUGAGCAGAAUGUUAACUUCAUGACCGUUCCCAAAGUCCACAAGAAGCCCGCUGGUGCGGACAAUGGCCCGCAUGGAUUCUGGCUCAUGGAUAACACCGAUAAACAACCAACAGGACGCCUGCCGCCUUAUGAAGAUCUAACAAAGAGUAUCAGGCUCGACUACAUGAUCAUCUUCGACCUCCGACUGUGGAAAAUUGCUCGAGUCAGUUUGAGGGACUUGUACAUCAGCACUGUCGUCAAUAUACCAAAAUUUAAACGUGUCCUAGGUCUGCGCUUCUCGGGCCUGUACACGACAUUGGCACAGCUGUAUCUAAUUGCAGAUCGCGAGCCAGACCAUUCGAUAAUGAACCUUUCCAACCAGAUCUUGACAACGCCUUCCAUCUGUCAGGAACGAAUAGAGAAGGGCAACUUCCUCACCAAUAUCAUGGCCAUAUUGUACACAUUUCUGACCAAUCGACAAGUCGGGUUUGCCGAAGAUAUUGAUUCUCACGCAGUCCUCUCUUUCGACCCUGGCGCAGUAGCAAACAGACGUCUCUUCCACUUUUUCAACGAUCUGAAGCACUUUCUAUCAUCCGAAUACGUGCAGGUUGAAGUCAGGAGUGAUACGAGAUACCUCUCUCAAUACCUGGACCUCAUGAAGCUACUUCAGGGCAUCUGUCCAAAUAUUCGAGCUGUAGGUGACCAUGUUGAAUACGAGACAGAUACUUGGAUCAGCGCCUCCAUGCUCACCAAGGAGUCCAAUAAGCUCUGUCGCACGUUCGCGGAGACGUUCAAAGUGCAACCCGGCACAGGGAAUGACGCUGUGUUUGCAGCCAUCUUCGCUGCAGCGGGGGUUGCUAUGAUCAACUCCCUCGGCCUAGAGCGCAAGCGAUUCGAGCAGAACGAGAUUAAGCAACUUGUGCAGUUCCAUCAAACUACUCAUAGAGUCGUUGACUUCGCGGUCGCUCAAGGCGCGCUAAGUUUCCAUCACCCUCUACACUAUACGCUAUCAUGGCUACUGGAAAUCGCCAAGGACUCUGCACGCUGUGUUCAAGAGUUGAAAGCAUCCGCCGAGAAUGUGGUUGUCAGUAUUCGUAAGGCACCACUACGUGGCAAGGACGAAGAAAUCAAGUCCAUCAUCUCGACGGGUGAAGAUGCCCUUCUCGCAAUGUUCGACUAUCCUUUGCGAGUCUGUGCAUGGCUUGCCCAGAUGAAAGCCAAUAUGUGGGUCAGGAAUGGCAUGAGCUUACGGCAUCAGAUGGGCCAGUACAAGAGCGUCUCUUACCGUGAUGUCGCACAUCAGCGAGACUUGUUUCUGCUACAGACAGCGUUGGUGACCUGUGAUCCAUCUCGACUCUUGGCCUCCAUGGUCGAUCGGUUCGGACUGACUUCCUGGAUGUCCAACGGCUUCAGUCCAUUGCCAGACUGCGAUGAUACACAGAUGGUAGAGCUUGCAGAAGACUUCAUCUAUCUCUUGAUUAAUCUACUCUCCGAUCGCGAUGGUCUGACAACUUCGCCUACCGAUCCGGACUCGUCAUUGACGGUGAUCCGCAAGGAGAUUGCGCAUUGUCUCUGCUUCAAAGCGCUUUCGUACUCGGAGCUCUGGAAUCGGCUAACCGAGCGAGUGCAAGAACAUCCGCGCUUCCAGGAGAUCUUGGAAACAAUGACGCGAUAUCGACCGCCGGAAGGCCUCCACGAUACUGGCCUGUUCGAACUGAAAGAAGAGUAUUUGCAAGAGCUUGAUCCUUACAACUCACAUUUCUCCAAGAACCAGAGAGAUGAAGCCGAGAGCAUAUACAAGAAGUGGCUAGGCAAGAAAAGCAACAAGGACCCGGAAGAUGUCGUUCUUGAGCCGAAGCUCCACCCGAUCACAAGUGAAGCUUACAAGAGCCUCGCUGCGGUGUCUCAGUGCGAGCUAUUCACAUCUGCAAUAUACCAAUGUCUAUCGUUCGUUGCCACCGGGUACCAAGGUCGCACUGGAGUAACGGCGACAAGGGCCGAAUCAUUCCUGCAGAUUGUUCUGCAGCUUGCUCUGAUUGCUACCCUCGAAGACCACACGGCAGAACAGAUACAGAGUCCGCAAGCUGCUGGCUUCAUUCACAUCGCUGGCAAUGUAUCGUUGAGCACCGAGCGAGAGCCGCCUUCAACAGUGGUGAGAUUGCUCCACAAGAUCUGGCUCAUAGAUGAGUACUCGGCGUGCCGAAGUAAGAUACGACACAUUCUGCGACUCUUCAAUCAGAAGAAACCCAAUGCUUUCAGAGCCGCAACGCAAGACCUUGAAUUUCCUAUGGGUCGGUUCGACACAGCGUCUCCUGCGAACCUAGAAAGUGAGAUCGAGGCAAAGAAACGGCAGGCUGCAGAACGGAAAGCUAGGGUCAUGGCCCAGUUUCAGCAGCAGCAACAGAGCUUCAUGGACAAUCAAGACGGGUUCGAUUGGGAGGACGAACAAUUGGAUGAUCCUGAUCUUGAGCUUCCAACUUCGACAGAGUCUCAUGGACAUAUUCUGCGCCAAACCGACGUCGUUGAUAGCGCUUUUGUCAGGGAAGUUCUCCACACGCCCAAGGAUCUGGAUCGUACGUUAGAUCGACAGCGUCCAUUCGGCGUUGCCGGAGACAACGACAAUGUGGUCAGUCAGAUGACCUCGACUGGCAGUGAGACCAAAGUCAUGCGUCAGAGCAUCAGCAGCGGAUGGCCAGCAGGAUGCACGGCCAAAGGCCCACUCACGUCCAGCUGCGGCCAUAUUAUGCAUUUCUCGUGUUUCGAGGGCUAUUUCCAGUCUGUACUCAGACGCCAUUCGCAGCAAGUCGCUCGUCAGCAUCCAGAGCGUGUGUCUGCUCAAGAAUUUGUUUGCCCGCUGUGCAAGGCACUGGCUAACGCAUUUCUUCCUAUCGUUUGGAAGAGCACUGAACAGUCGUAUCCGGCUGCACUUGCAGUCAAACAAGACUUCACCGACUUCGUGGAGAGGGACUUGGCCACGCGGAGCAUUGCUGCCAACUUCUUCAACGAUACGUACAAUGUGCGCGCCACGAACGUCCACAAAUCGAACUUGUCGACCUUUGCCAAUAGUGCUCUGGAGUCGGCCAUAGAACGGUCCCAAGCAGCAGAGAUUGGAUCGCCCAGCAUCACUGCAUGGGCUGAGCGGCCGGAGCUCGCGCCCUUGGUGGAACUCGGCAGUGUCUACAUCAGAUUGAAGGGCCCUCUUAGCAUCAUUGCCAGGGUCACUCAGCCAGGUAUCUUUCCCGCGAAAUUCCACAACGAAGAACAGCCCAACUCAUACCAUCUACUCCUCAACUCCCUCGCGAACACGAUAUGCGCUACCGAGACAGCCUAUCGAGGUCGUGAGGGCGAGUUUGGCACGACACUCCUGACUGGCAUACCUCAGCAGACUCUCAGCCAUCUGCAGAUCUUGUCAUCAACAGUCCGCUCAUACGCCGCCACGUGCCACAUUCUCGAACAGGGAGGUAUAGACGAGCAUUUUCAUCAGGUUUACAUGUCGCUUUUCAACAAACUCUUCGGAAAGCCACCGGACCCGGACAAUGACUCCCAUGAACAUAUCUUUUUGGACAGCUUUGCUCUGCCACUUCUACGCAUUGACCCUUUCACGUUCUUGGUGCACUCUUCGCUGGUGCUCUGUCCCCUACUGGACAUUGACCCGCGGCACAUGCUCCAGAUCGCCUUAAUUGCUGAGGUUUUGCGUGUCGUCGUUGCUUAUUUCUACGACCCCCAGGGCUUGAUCACGGCCGCAGACACGUUUUCGCUGGAGGUGGGUCAGGAGGAACAGACUCCGUCCGCCAUAUAUGAGGGUGUUCUGAAGUGGCUGGACUCUGAGCUCAGAUCCAGUGAUUACAUGCAGCUGCAAGAGCAGUUCAACAAUUUCACGAUGCCGACGACUGGAGGAGCUCUGAUUGUGCUCUCUAGAAUCGUUGACAGAUACGCGUUAGCCUUUCUCCGGAAAGCUGCCAUAUUCUGUCACGUUGCACUUGGCGUCGACUUCCCAACCACGACCGGAUCCGAAGCCAGCCUUCCAGAGAUGCACCGGCUGCUGCACUUCAUGCAGUUACCAUCACUUGCAGAGAUCUUGAUGGAUCUGACCGAGUUUGCUCCUCGGUCGCAGACAAAGAAGAUGGUGUCCAGCUGGAUCACAGACCUCGUGAGAUGCGCGAGCUCGAGCCUUCGCGAGGACGAUCACAGUCCAGCUACGGGCCAUCUCUUCGAUAUUCGAAGUACUGCCCCUGACGAGCGUCCCACGGUCAUGGGUAUACGUCUGCUACAUCCCGCACCACUGGAGCUGAUAGGCCUUCCAAAAUACUACGACGUCCUCAUUGAGCUCAGCUCGCGAGCGACAUGCCCGACAACGGGCAAAGAACUGAGCGAUCCGGCGCUCUGUCUCUUCUGUGGCGCCCUGUUCUGCUCGCAGUCCGUGUGCUGCCAGACCUCUGAUAAGCGCGGCGGCUGCAAUGCUCACGUCGAGAAAUGCUCCGCGCCAAUUGGAAUGUUCCUGCUGAUCCGCAAGUGCAUGAUUGCGCUUCUCCAUGUCAUGAAGGACCCCAAUCAGCCCACCGGGAGUCGUACGCUAGUGUUGGGAGGCGGCACCCAGAUCUUCCGCACUGGUGAUGCGCCGCCUUUGGGAAGUUUCUUUCCAGCACCAUAUCUCACUAAGCAUGGCGAGACGGACAGUGGGUUGCGGAACAAGCAUCAGUUGAUGUUGAGUCAGAUGAGGUAUGAUCGAUUGCUGAGGGAUUCGUGGUUGAUGGUCAAUGGAAGUAUUUGGAGUGCAAUUGCCAGGAAGCUGGAGGGAGAGGUCAAUAGUGGUGGCUGGGAGACAUUGUGA